CCCGUUCCUGGCUCGGCAGCGCCGCCUCCUUUUCUCCCGGACAACCAAUGAAGGCGGCUUAGGGCGGCGGCAGGAACGGGAGGGGGGAUCCGUCUUCCUCGCCCUCCCUCCUUCUUCCCAGGAGCUGGCUCUCUUGCUUCGCUGCUGCUGCUCGCGCUCCGUCUCUGCUUAGCCGUCGGCCCGGCUGCGGGAGCGGGAAGGAGACGCCGCCAGUGCCGCAGCCAGCCAGCCGGUGGGAUCAUGCGUUAAGGCGCACGACCAGGGGGCACUGCGGCCGCGCCGGGAAGAUGAACUACCUGAACGUGCUGGCCAAGGCGCUCUACGACAAUGUGGCCGAGUCCCCGGACGAGCUUUCCUUCCGUAAGGGCGACAUCAUGACGGUGCUGGAGCGCAACACGCAAGGGCUGGAUGGCUGGUGGCUCUGCUCCUUGCACGGGCGGCAGGGCAUCGUCCCCGGCAACCGCCUCAAGAUCCUGGUGGGCAUGUACGACAAGAAGCAGCUGCCACAGCAGCAACAGCACACACCACAGCAGACGCCGCAACCGACGGGGCAGACCCCCCUGGCCUACACUCACCAAGGGGGCUACACCACAUCCCCCGCCUCCCAGUACACCUCUAUGCACCCCUCCUUCCUGCCCCAAGAGGACAAUGUCUACCUGGUGCCAGCGCCAAACAAGGCCCCGGGGGCACCCCUCCACCAGGGUACAGUGACCGCGGGCCAGUUUCAGUCACCCGCGGGCAAGCAACCCCCCGCCUACCCAAAGCAGAGCCCCUCUCAAUGCCAGGAGGUCUACCAAGUACCAGCUGGACCAACCAGCCCGCCUCAGGACAUUUACCAGGUCCCUCCGGCUCCCGCGGGGCUGGGGCAGGACAUCUACCAGGUGCCUCCGUCGCUGGAUGGACGGGGAUGGGAAGCCCCAAAGACCCAAGGAAAGGUUGUCGUCCCCACGCGUGUGGGUCAGGUCUACGUCUAUGACUCCCCCAAAGGAGAGCAGGAUGAGUACGACUUUCCCCGCCACCUCCAGGAGAUCUACGACGUGCCCCCGACUCGGGGUCUACUGGGGAACCAAGGCAGCCAGGAGGUAUAUGACACCCCCACCUUGGCAGUCAAGGGCCCCAACAGCAGGGAUCUGGCUCACGCCCAGGAUAUUUAUGAUGUGCCCCCCAGUGUGGAAAAAGGCCUGCAGGGGGUGUACGACAUCCCCCCAUCGGUCAGCAAAGACGUCCCCGAUGGCCCCUCGCGGGAGGAGACCUACGACGUGCCCCCCGUCUUCUGCAAGGCCAAGCCGUUCGAUCCCUUACGGCACCCGCUCAUCCUUGCCCAGCCCUCCACGCCGGCUGCAGAGCCUUACCUGCCCGAGGAUGUUUACGAUGUACCUCCAGCCACCAGCAAAGGGGUUCCCGAGGCCCAGGAGAUCUACGACGUGCCGCCUGGCCUGAGGAAGCUGGCGAGCCAGGAGGUCUACGAUGUGCCGCGGGAGCUGCCGGCGGGCAGCAAAGACGGGGAGGGUGACUACAUCUAUGACGUGCCGCCCCAGGUGGACCGGGAGGGCAAGGCGGGCGACGGCAAGCGCCUCUCGGCCUCCAGCACGGGCAGCACCCGCAGCAACCACUCCAGCUCCUCCCUGGACAUGGUGCCUGUCAAGGAGGCCCCUGACAGGGACUUGCACCUCGACCAGGACGUUGCCAUGGAGACGCUGGCCCGGCUCCAGGGCAACGUGGGCACCGCCGUCUCCUACCUCAUGUCCUUCAUCAGCGGCAGCUGGCGCAGCCCCGAGCAGAUGGAGGUGCAAGCCUCCCUCAUCCAGGGGGCGUCCGAGAGCGUCCGGGGGGCGCUGCGGGAACUGCUGGAGUUUGCCCGCGCGGCCGUGAGCAGCGCCUCGCAGGCCUCGGACCGCUCCCUCUACGCCAAGCUGAGCAAGCAGGUGCAGAAGAUGGAGGACGUGUACCAGGCUUUGCUGCGGCACAGCCAGGCUCUGGAUGGCUGCGGCUGGGCCCCCGGCGCCCUGGUGGCUGGCAAGCCGGGGUCCCCGCCGGACGACCUGGAGCACCUGGUCAUGUACUCGCGGGGGGUGCCGGACGACACCAAGCAGUUGGCCUCCUUCCUUCACGGGAACGCCUCCUUGCUCUUCCGGAGGACCAAGGUGCCCCCCACCUCCCUGGGAGGGGAUGGCAGCCUCGCCCACGGCACCCCAGCUGACAAGGCAAGCAGCAUCCAGUCCCGGCCCUUGCCCUCUCCGCCCAAGUUCCUGACCCAGGACUCGCCCGAGGGGCAGUAUGAGAACAGCGAGGGCGGCUGGAUGGAAGACUAUGACUACGUCCACCUGCAGGGAAAGGAAGAGUUUGAGAAAACCCAGAAGGAGCUGCUUGAGAGGGGCAACAUUAUCCGGCAAGGGAAGGGGCACCUGGAGCAGCAACAGCUGAAGCAGUUUGAGCGCCUGGAGCAGGAGGUCACACGGCCCAUCGACAACGACCUGUCCAACUGGACGCCCCCGCAGCACUACGCCCAUGUGCGGGCCGGGGACAGCGCCUCCCUCUGCCCCUCCGACCGGCAGCUGCUCCUCUUCUACCUGGAGCAGUGCGAGGCCAACCUCACCACCCUGACCAAUGCCGUGGACGCCUUCUUCACAGCCGUCAGCACCAACCAGCCCCCCAAGAUCUUCGUGGCGCACAGCAAGUUCGUCAUCCUGAGCGCCCACAAGCUGGUCUUCAUCGGGGACACUCUCUCGCGCCAGGCCAAGGCCCAGGACGUGCGCCACAAGGUCACCCACUACAGCAACCUGCUUUGCGACAUGCUCAAGGAGAUCGUGGCCACCACCAAGGUGGCUGCGCUACAGUACCCCUCCCCCGCCGCCGCCCAGGACAUGGUGGCACGGGUCCACGAGCUCGCCAACAGCACGCAGCAGUUCCGGAUGGUGCUGGGGCAGCUUGCAGCCAUGUGAAGCCCGCCCUUGGCUUCGUAGGGGCGGGGGGAGGCCUGCCGACGAGCCACACCCACCCACUCAAAACACUGCAAAUGGGCUGUAAAUACUUCUCCAGACUCUCCUGGGUUGGUGGGCUGGCUGCUCCCUCCCCUCCCUCUAUGCUCCAUAGACAAUGGACCUUCCUGCCAGUGGUUCCCAUGUGCCUGAUGUGGUUCACAAGGGAGGAUCUUGACGGCCCUGAUGGCAACCGGGAGAAGGUGGUGGAAGGCAAAUAGUUAUCCUUCCCCCUCCCCCACACCCUGUUUGAUUCUGAAAUGGUUUGGCUAAUGAGCACUAUUUAAAUCAAAUAAAGAGACAUAGAAUCCAAGCAAUUAGGGGGUACGGGAGAAA